AUGGAAAAUCAACAACAAACAACAACUUUGUGUCGCUCGGGUUGUGGUUUUUACGGUUCAUCAUCCACUGAAGGACUUUGUUCAAAAUGUUACAAGGAUUACGUCAAACGUAAGCAAGACACUACUGCUCGCGUAAGUCCGACGUCGGUGGUUAGUGCGAGUGUCAGUAGUACAGGUACGUCGAGCACUGUCAGCAGUACGACGUGUAAUGCUGAUAGCAUCUCUGCCACGACAUCGGCGGGAAUGAUUGCAGACAAACUUCGAGAGGUUUCUUGCUCUCAAGCCGCUAAGUCGUCUGAAGAUAUGACAGCAAAGUUGGAGUCAGUAGUAGCAGCAGUAGAAGCAGCAGGCAGUAUCGCGACUUCUUCAUCGGGUACAUCCUCCGGUGCUCUUUCUGCAUCUAGUUCGGUGGCAAGUCUCGAUGCUACAACUGGUACGGAAGCGGGAACUUUAAGUAAUGAGGGUCAACAACCUAUACCGAAAAAAGCCAAUCGUUGUAAUGUUUGCAAGAAACGUGUUGGCCUUACUGGUUUUGUCUGCCGCUGUGGUGGCUUAUACUGUGGGGAACAUCGUUAUGACACUGCACAUGGUUGUUCUUUUGACUACAAGACGAUGGAGCGAGAAGAAAUUCGUAAGAACAACCCGGUAAUUGUGUCAGAAAAAAUCCAACGGAUUUGA